GUCAUAAGCCCGCGCCGCGCUCCUGCAUCUGUGAUUCGGCUGAAGAAAGAGAAACUCCUGCUGAAGCACACUGUUAUAAAGAUGGCGUUUAUUAAAGAGGAGAGAGAAGACCUGAAGAUUGAAGAAGAUUUCAGAGUCAAACAUGAAGAUACUGAGACACAACAAACAGACCUCAUGGCGCUGAAAGAGGAGAGUCAAGAACUGGAUGAAAUGGAACAGAACAAUCAGGAUGAGAAAUGCCAUGAUUUCAUUGCUGGAGAAAAAUCUUUUAGUUGCUCACAGACUUAUGAAACAGAAACUACAAACCUUAAAGUGCAGAUGAGUGUUCACACUGGAGAGAGCCCUUUCACCUGCCAACACUGUGGAAAGAGUUUCGGUCAAAAAGAAAGCCUUAAAAGCCACUUGAAAAUCCACAAUGAAAAGAAUUUGUUUGUGUGUCCUCAGUGUGGAAAGAGUUUUACACAGAAAAAAACCCUUAAUGCCCACAUGAGGAUUCACACUGGAGAGAAACCUUACUCCUGCGAACUGUGUGAGAUGAGCUUCAGACGAAGAGAAGGCUUUAGGUCUCACAUGAGUGUUCACACUGGAGAGAGCCCUUUCGCCUGCCAACAGUGUGGGAAGGGUUUUAAUCGAAAACAAAGCCUUAAAGUCCACUUGAAUAUCCAUGCUGGAGAGAAGCCGUUCAUUUGCCCUCAGUGUGGAAAGAGCUUUACACAGAAAUCAACCCUUACAGCUCACAUGAGAGUUCACACUGGAGAAAAGCCUCAUAUCUGCAAACUGUGUGGGAAGAGUUUCUCAGUAAAAGGAAGUCUUAAAAUUCACAUGAGAAUUCACUCUGGAGAGAAGCCGUUCAUCUGCUCUCAGUGUGGAAAGAGUUUCAAACAGAAAAAAGAACUUGAUGGCCACAUGAGAGUUCACACUGGAGAGAAGCCUUUUGAUUGUGAUCAGUGUGGAAAGAGUUUCGGAUAUAAAUCACACCUUAAUAAACACAUGAGGAUUCACACAGGGGAGAACUGUUUUAUAUGUCAGCAGUGUGGAAAGAGUUUCUCACACAGAGCAAACUUUGACAAUCACAUAAGAUUUCACACUGGAGAGAAGCCUUUCACCUGCCCUCAGUGUGGAAAGAGCUUCACAGUUAAAGGAAACCUUAAGACUCACAUCAGAGUUCACACUGGAGAGAGGCCUUACAAGUGUCCUCAGUGUGACAUGAGAUUCAAAAAUAACACAAGCCUGAAACGACAUUUGCGAACUCAUUCUGGAAAAAAACUGCCAUUGUUCUCUGUGUGACAAGAGCACGACAUUCACUCUGGAGAAAAACAAUUCAGUUGUGAUCGGUCUAAUAAAAACAUCUCACUUAAGCAUACAUAUUAAACUCCUUUACAUAUUAAUGUAAAUGUCAGACCCUGUUUGUGUUCUUUUUUUAAAGAUUACUGUUACAAACAAGUUGAUUGAAGUGUGAUUAGUAUACUUCCUUUAAACUAAAAAUAAGGAAUUAUACUUUUAGUCUGCACAAGUGAAGAAGCACUGCAUACUCACAUGUGAUCAUUAAACAGCUUAUAAAUCAAAACAGCCUGAAAGCAGAGGCUCUGUUCUUUCUUUUCAUAUACUGUAUGUUCAGAUAUUGAUACAACAAAAAUAUUAAAAUGAACAUUUUAUUUAUUAUUAUUUAUUUGUCCAGUUACAUUUGAGCCCCUGAAAAUGGGGGGAUUGUGUAUAAAAAUGGUUGUAAUUCCUAGCAUAUCAACAUUUUUUUCUAUGCCUUGAAUUAAAGCAUAAAGUCUGCGCUUCAA